GCAUUUCAAGGUGAGUGAGUAUCUGUAGUGAAGUUGUUAUUUGUUACCGGUGUUAUAUUUAAUUCGGCCUAUUUAGCUAGUGCCGAAAUUUCUGCAUUUACACAAUCAGAGGUUGCUGUAAAUUGAAAUCAGAAUGGGCAAAGAGAAGAUUCACAUUAAUAUCGUCGUAAUCGGACACGUAGAUUCAGGCAAAUCUACAACUACUGGCCAUUUAAUCUACAAAUGCGGCGGUAUUGACAAACGUACCAUCGAAAAAUUCGAAAAGGAAGCUCAGGAAAUGGGCAAGGGUUCCUUCAAGUAUGCUUGGGUUUUAGACAAGUUGAAGGCCGAACGUGAGCGUGGUAUUACUAUUGACAUUGCUCUUUGGAAAUUUGAAACGUCCAAAUAUUAUGUCACAAUUAUUGAUGCUCCUGGCCACAGAGAUUUCAUCAAAAACAUGAUUACGGGCACGUCGCAGGCUGAUUGUGCUGUUCUUAUAGUUGCUGCAGGUACGGGAGAAUUUGAAGCGGGUAUUUCCAAGAAUGGACAAACUCGUGAGCACGCGCUACUUGCAUUUACAUUGGGUGUUAAGCAACUGAUUGUGGGAGUAAAUAAAAUGGAUUCAACAGAGCCGCCAUAUUCAGAAACCCGAUAUGAAGAGAUUAAAAAGGAGGUGUCAUCUUAUAUUAAGAAAAUUGGUUAUAAUCCAGCCGCUGUUGCCUUUGUUCCUAUCUCGGGAUGGAACGGAGAUAAUAUGCUCGAACCAUCAGAUAAGAUGCCAUGGUUUAAGGGAUGGGCAGUUGAACGUAAAGAAGGAAAAGCCGAAGGCAAGACUCUUAUUGAAGCUCUUGAUGCCAUUUUACCUCCGAGCCGCCCUACCGACAAACCACUACGUCUUCCGCUUCAGGACGUUUAUAAAAUUGGUGGUAUAGGAACGGUACCUGUAGGUAGGGUAGAAACAGGUGUGCUGAAACCAGGAAUGGUAGUUACAUUUGCGCCAGUUGGUCUGACAACUGAAGUGAAGUCUGUUGAGAUGCAUCAUGAAGCAUUGCAAGAAGCUGUACCUGGCGAUAAUGUCGGCUUCAACGUAAAGAAUGUAUCUGUGAAAGAAUUGCGUCGUGGUUAUGUCGCUGGUGAUUCCAAAAACAAUCCACCUCGAGGAGCUGCUGACUUUACCGCGCAGGUAAUUGUACUGAAUCACCCUGGCCAAAUUUCUAAUGGCUAUACACCUGUGCUUGAUUGUCAUACAGCCCAUAUUGCCUGCAAAUUUGCUGAAAUUAAGGAAAAAUGUGACCGUAGAACAGGCAAAACGACCGAGGAAAAUCCAAAAGCGAUAAAGUCUGGAGAUGCGGCUAUCAUUAAUCUUGUGCCAUCAAAACCAAUGUGCGUUGAGUCAUUCCAAGAGUUUCCACCACUUGGUCGUUUUGCUGUGCGCGACAUGCGUCAGACAGUCGCUGUAGGGGUUAUUAAGCAGGUAAACUUUAAGGAUACUACAGGCAAAGUUACAAAAGCCGCUGAGAAGGCCCAGAAAAAAAAAUAACUAGGCUUUGAACCAAUCAGCUGCUCCUUCACUAUCUGUACGAUUAACAACGUAAAUAAAAAUAAUACUGAUAAUAAAAACCUUUUCGAUAUCAUCAAGGGUCGGCAAGAAAGUAUCAAGUUGAAAAAAAAAUGUUCGUGUUACUAUUCUAUUCCGUUCACUCGAUGGCUUGAGCAAAAUUAUUUUCAUCGCAAAGAAUUCCGAAGGAAAAAACAAACCCGGGAGAUAUGGAGUUAUUUAGAUUCGCUAUUAUUAAUUUUAUUUAAUUAUUUAUGAUUUAAAUUAUUGAUUUCCUUUUGUUAGUUUUUAUGUCAUAUUUUCUUUCGUAAUAUCGCAGUAAGUCCUCCUUUGUAUGUUUUAGAGAAGGAACAGCUGAUGCUAAUGCUACUAUAUAAGUUGCAUUUGUUUUCAUUUUUUCCUUUCCAAUAUUGUUUUAA